AUCUAUUGACAAUGCCAGUGUUAUUAAUUGUGUCAUGUGUUACUUUUCAGAAGUGUACAAGAUUUUACAAAGGAAAAAGAGUCAGAGGAAAAAGAAUCAGAAGAAAAAGAGCCAGAGGAAAAAGAAUCAGAGGAACAAGGGUCACAGGAAGUAAAAAUGCUUUUAGAGAGAUUAGAAGCAUCACAAAAAGUAAAUGCGCAACUCACACAAACAAUAAAAAGGAUGGAAAAAGAUGCAAACAUUCGUGGAGAACAGAUGGCCACCAAUAUUCUUCAGUCUAUACAGGAUUUGGAUUCUCCAAAAACAGUGGUAUAAUAGGGCUCCAGGUGAAGGUCCACUUUGAAAAACCUAACGCGCCGUUAGUGGAACCUCAAAGGUGGUGUGGAAGUCCACUGUUAAUUUUUUAA